AGUAGAGGGUUAACAGAAGACAGAUAGUAGAGGGUUAACAGAAGACAGCUAGUAGAGGGUUAAUAGAAGACAGAUAGUAGAGGGUUAAUGGAAGACAGAUAGUAGAGGGUUAAUGGAAGACAGAUAGUAGAGGGUUAAUAGAAGACAUAUAGGAGAGGGUUAAGACAGAUAGUAGAGGGUUAGUAAUAGACAGAUAGUAGAGGGUUAAUAGAAGACAGAUAGUAGAGGGUUAAUAGAAGGCAGAUAGUGAAGGGUUAAUGGAAGACAGAUAGUAGAGGGUUAAUGGAAGACAGAUAGUAGAGGGUUAAUAGAAGACAGAUAGUGGAGGGUUAAUGGAACACAGAUAGUUGAGGGUCAAUAGAAGACAGAUAGUAGAGGGUUAAUAGAAGACAUAUAGUAAGUAGAGGGUUAAUAGAAGACAGAUAGUAGAGGGUUAAUAGAAGACAGAUAGUAGAGAGUUAAUAGAAGACAGAUAUUAGAGGGUUAAUAGAAGACAGAUAGUAGAGGGUUAAUAGAAAACAGAUAGUAGAGGGUUAAUAGAAAACAGAUAGUAGAGGGUUAAUAGAAGACAGAUAGUAGAGGGUUAAUAGAAGACAGAUAGUAGAGGGUUAAGACAGAUAGUAGAGGGUUAGUAGAAGACAGAUAGUAGAGGGUUAAUAGAAGACAGAUAGUAGAGGGUUAAUGGAACACAGAUAGUAGAGGGUUAAUGGAACACAGAUAGUAGUGGGUUAAUGGAACACAGAUAGUAGAGGGUUAAUAGAAGACAGAUAGUAGAGGGUUAAUAAAAGACAGAUAGUAGUGGGUUAAUGGAACACAGAUAGUAGAGGGUUAAUGGAACACAGAUAGUAGAGGGUUAAUAGAAGACAGAUAGUAGAGGGUUAAUAGAAGACAUAUAGUAAGUAGAGGGUUAAUAGAAGACAGAUAGUAGAGGGUAAAUAGAAGACAGACAGUAGAGGGUUAAUAGAAGACAGAUAGUAGAGGGUUAAUAGAAGACAGAUAGUAGAGGGUUAAUAGAAGACAGAUAGUAGAGGGUUAAUAGAAGACAGAUAGUAGAGGGUUAAUAGAACACAGAUAGUAGAGGGUUAAUGGAACACAGAUAGUAGUGGGUUAAUAGAAGACAGAUAGUAGAGGGUUAAUAGAAGACAGAUAGUAGAGGGUUAAUAGAACACAGAUAGUAGAGGGUUAAUGGAAGACAGAUAGUAGAGGGUUAAUAGAAGACAGAUAGUAGAGGGUUAAUGGAAGACAGAUAGUAGAGGGUUAAUGGAAGACAGAUAGUAGAGGGUUAAUGGAAGACAGAUAGUAGAGGGUUAAUAGAAGACAGAUAGUAGAGGGUUAAUAGAAGACAGAUAGUGGAGGGUUAAUGGAAGACAGAUAGUAGAGGGUUAAUAGAAGGCAGAUAGUAGAGGGUUAAUAGAAGACAGAUAGUAGAGGGUUAAUAGAAGACAGAUAGUAGAGGGUUAAUAGAAGACAGAUAGUAGAGGGUUAAUGGAAGACAGAUAGUAGAGGUGUAGAAGGGGAAGUCUAGCUCUGAGGGUUAUUAAUGAGGGAGGAGUUGGCGGGCGGCGAUGAGUAGUACAUGGUGUAGUAUAUUAUCUAUCAUACACGCUGUUUGGAGAGGGAUGAUGAAUGGUAGGUCGCGGGUUGGUGGUCUCAGUGUUGGGGUAUUGGAUGUAUGAUGGAGGGGUGAUUAGGACACGGACAUUGUAGGGACAGACACCGGCAGCGGAGCACAUUGUAGGGACAGACACCGGCAGCGGAGCACAGCUGGGAUCCAGCAGCAGCACGGAAUGGAAGGUGCUAUUAUUAUCCGGAUCCCCCUCCUCCCCUCCUGACAGUACACUGGAGGAGUUGCAUUCAUUUGCAGAACAAGUCUGGCGUUGGCUAUCACCAGGGAAAGGACUUGCCGUCAUCUCAUUGAGCAGCCAGAUCAGAGACAUCGCACAUCACUGUCCUCCAGCUUCCCAAUACAAGGCUGCAUGAUGUGUGCCUGACAUCCGGGCUCUGAUCUCGGGGGUUCUGUGCACAGCUGAAUGUCUAACCUGCCCUUGAGUUGCGUUCUCCUUCCUUCUGCUAGAGGUGGACCGGUGUCCGGGAGAUAAGGCUUGUCUAUGGAAGGGAUCUGACUAUGAUCAGAAGAUCGGACGAGGAGCAGCACAUGGAGCUCUCUGUGUUUAAAGACCGGCUGCUGUGUGAAUUCUACUCUUGAUUGAUACACUAGGAAGGCUCCUCUCUACUCUGGAAAGUGACUGACUUCCCUCCAGAGAUUACUGUCCGCUAUCCAUCGCCUUGGACAUUCUAUAGAUCACUGAUCACCACAACCCUCACCCUGACCUCUACAACCCUUACCUCUGGAGAUCACCGACUACUAGGUCCAUCAUCCUGGACCACCUGGAUAUCCCUGACCGCUAGGUACAUCACUCAUCGCUAGGUCCACAACCCUGGACCCCUCUGGAGAUCACUGACCACCAUAAUCCUCACCCUGACCUCUACAAUCCUCACCUUGGAUCUUCUGGAGAUCACUGACUGCUAGGUACAUCUCUGGAGACCACUCAUCGCAAUGUCCACAACCUUGGACCUUUCAGGUGAUCACUGACCACCUUGGACCCCUCUGGAGACCACUGACCACUACAUUUAUCACCUUGGAUUCCUCUGGAGAUCACUGACCACUACAAUCCUCAGCUUAAAUCCUUCUGUAAAUCCUUGACCUCUACAACCAUCGCCUUAAAACAUUUGGAAAUCGUUCACCUUGGACACUCUAGAGAUCACCGAUUGCUAGAUCCAUCACUCUGGACCUUUCUGGAGAUCACUGAUAGCUAGAUCCAUCACUUUGGACCCUCUGGAGAUCAUUGAUCGCUAGAUCCAUCACUUUGGACCCUCUGGAGAUCAUUUAUCGCUAGAUCCAUCACCUUGGACCUUCCUGGAGAUCACUGAUCACUAGAUCAAUCACUUUGGACCCUCUGGAGAUCAUUGAUCGCUAGAUCCAUCACCUUGGACACUCUAGAGAUCACUUUCUGGAGUUUGCUUGCUGCUUGGUCCCUCCUUGUGGAAUCUCUGGAGAUCCCUGACCUCUCCUCACCUUGGACCCCUGGGCUCCAUAGGGGCAGAACCAGCUACCUUUGAACUUUUCCAGUAUAAACGCCUUACUACUGAUUGUACACAGGGCAUUAUAUUCAGGAACCUCUUUACUCUGCCUGAACUUGGAAUCUUUACAUCAGAUUCGUUCUAGAUUUAUAUUUACAUUUACAUUUUCCUUCAUCAGCUUAUAGAGGAGCAACACGAUUCCUGUAAAAACACUCUUGGCGUUGGUUGUCCAUGAUGCCCCUACAUGCCCUUCCUGGUAGCCGCUCCUUGAGCCCCGCAGCUCUGUCCAGGAGCCUGUCUCGCCUGCGGGAAUAUCGCACCCGUUCCAGGAUCAUGUUGUCUCUGGGGGUGUCACAGAUGGUGCUCGGGUGUCUCAUCGUGGCUGUCAGCUUCGCAGCAUUGGCUCUCACCACGUCUGCCAGGGUUAGGCACUCUUGCCCUUUCUGGGCUGGCUUUUCUGUACUCUUGUCUGGACUGAUUGGUGUUGUUGCUUGGAAACGGCCCCUCUCACUUGUGAUAACCUUUUUUAUGCUGCUGUCUGCGGUGUGUGUCAUGCUCAACUUGGCGGGUUCCAUUCUCUCCUGUCAAAAUGCUCAACUAGUCAGUUCUCUUGAAGGCUGUCGUCUGAUAAACAUCAAUAGUGAUGGAGUAUGUGUUUGCUGUGAAAUGCAGCAUCAGACAUCAGGCUGCAGCAACCCUGGAGAAACCUUGAAACUCAACCCUUUGCAGGAGUGCAGUGCAGUGAGACUGACGCUUAAGGACCUGUUGUUUAGCGUGUGUGCUCUGAAUAUCAUCUCCACAAUCGUCUGUGCAUUGGCUACUGCAAUGUGCUGCAUGCAGAUGGUCUCUGCUGAUGUUCUACAGCUGUUUCUACCACACAGAGGACAUGCCACCAGUAUGGACUGCAUGAUGGCUCAUGGAACAAUUCUUCACCAGAUGUUGGAUUUUGAUGAGUUUAUUCCACCCAUUCCACCGCCACCAUAUUACCCACCUGAAUAUACCUGCACACCUGUCAUGGAUGUACAAAGAGGGCUUCAUCUGGACUUUCCGCACUCUCCUUUCAGUACUUUGUACGAGGUGUCCAUAAACAGCCCCGGGAUUCUCUAUCCAUCUGAGCUGCCACCACCAUAUGAAUCUGUGGUUGGCCAAACUCCUGUAAGCCAGGGGCCCAGUAUAGACCAACAGGUAACAGAAUCCAGCCUUGGUGACAGAAAUACUACAGCUGGCUUCAGCACACAAGUGUCUGUGGAUAGCACAUCCAUUCUGGUAUCCGAAGUGGCCGAUAAUCCAGCCCACAGCUGCUCCUCAGAAGACCUCUGUUCUCUGGAGGUCCAUGGCUCUUUACGUUCUGCAGACUUUUCUCCAUAUAGUACCAUACGCACAGCUGCUACAGGAAGUAGCUGUGCUAGUUUGGAACAUAGUCUACGCUGUGGCCUUCACCUCACCAAUUCACCAUGUUCACCUGAUGAUGACGGAAGCAGAGCCUCCACAGACCGGUCUCAGAGGCAAGAUUGUGACAGCUAUACACAGUCCAGAUCCUUGGAUUCUUCCCCUGAAAAUGUUAACACACAAGAAAGAGAAUCUCAGCUUUCUGCAAAAGAAAGGAAAGUGUCUCACAUACCUAUAAAGAUGUGCUGUGGUGUAUUUAGUCAACCACCUGGGCAAUCCCUGCCAUCACCUGGCACCUUACCUGUAAAUCCAGCACCUCACUCAGGACGCCAGGAAAAGGCUAUCCAGCAACAUCAUGCCAGGAAAUACCGAAUUGCCAAUAUAGUCCGGUCUACCAGUGAUCCCAUUUCCUGUACAUCCAGCACAGAAGCCCCAUGUUCUUACCCUUACAUGACUGCUUCUGCUUGCCAAGAAACAGCAAACCAUAUUUUAUUAGGAAAGCAGAAAGACACAAAAAGAGUGAGCCAUCGAAUCAAGCCUAAAGCCCUGAGGAACCUCUCCAAAGAGAGGCCAAAUUCACUGGUGGACCUAAAAACCUAUAAGGACACAAAAAUCUUAGUGGCAAAGUUUCUGGAACAUUCAAAUUGUCACCUUUCUCCAGAAGUGCAGCACGUUGUGAACAGUAUUAAAUCUGUAAUUAAGUCAGAUGAAAGGCACAUGGAGGAAGCCAUCUUUAGUGCCAACAUUAUAGACCAGGUGAUCACCAGCUCCCAGCAGAAUAUCAGUAUGUCAAGAAAACGAUUACAAGAAGACCUUCAUCUUCGAAGCUGUGGUGCUCUUAGUUCUCCAGUAGCAUUUCUACACAGGAUUCAUCUAGCACGGGAUAUGGAUCAGGGCCGUCCACAUAGUUUGAUUGGAGUUUGCAGAGAAACCAUCCUUUGAUUAAUUGCUAACAGAUUGCAUGUACAACUGUUACUUUUUAAUCCAGCUCCAUAAUCUCAAACCAACUACAACAUGGCAUCUCCUGUAUGGACUUGAUCAUGCAUGGGACAAGAGACUCCAAACUUGAAGAGGUCCCUGAAUGUAAUAAGUUCUGCAACAACAAUGCAAGCUUUAUUUCCACACAAAAAGCCUUUUUUGAAAUAGAUGUCUGGGGUUUAUUCUAUUUUUGUUUGAAAAUAGAGAUUUGGAUAUUGCUGCCAUGUAGCUUCAUUUAUUGUACACCAUAUUUUCAACAAUGAUCACCUCUAAAAAAAAGAGGGCCAUUUUAUGAUGCUGCAAGCUUGCAGAUACCAUUAUCAAAUUGUAUCUUAUUUGUUCCACCAAUGAAAGGUAGCUUAAAUAAAAAAAUAAAAUAAAAUAAAAAUCUUCAGAAGAAGAAAGCUGUUUUACAACCUCUGCGUUGUAUUACUUUAUGUACCUCAAAGUGUUUUCUCAAAAUGUUUUAAUAAAAAACAAGCUAUU